AUGUCUCAACCUGCCAACACUGUUCCAAAAUGUAUGAAUACUCGAGCUAAAAAUGCAACUCAGCAUCCAGGAUAUAUCCUGACUGGAGGUGAAGGUCACAUAAAGAGAUGUACCAAAGCUCAAAAAGCUGCUGACGACCAGCAUGAAAAGGAGGCAAAGGAAGCAAGUGAAAUGGCUGUACAAGAAGGAUAUAAGUGCAUUGCUGUAUUUCAGAAAAAAAUGCAGACAGACCAGGCAAAUACCUGUGCUGAUGCACCGAAGCCUACUCAUCCCUGCCCACGCCCAUGCCCCGUCAAAAAGGCUGUGAAAGACGUGGAGACCUCCAACUUGACUAUGGCUGAGGAUAAGGCCAUGGAUGCCAAUGGCAAGGGUGGUACAGUUGGAGGUAACUUAGCAGCUAGUGCUAAUGUCGAACAUCCUGAGAGUGAUGCAGAGGAGGAGGAAAAGAAACAGGUGCCAGUGGCACAUUACAAGAAUGGGAAGAAAGUGUUACCAGUGAAGAUGCCAGUGAGAGAUGCGAUUGAAGCAGUGGAUGCUGACAUCCUUAUCGAAUCAACAGUCUUGGUUCUCCAGGACAUCUGGGAAUGCACGAAGGAUAUCGCUGCAAAGAGGCGUGGUGUGGCCCUCACUCUGGACGAGGAUUCUGAGGAUGAGCGUGCGCUUAUCUUCGAUAUUUGGUACUGUCCUUUUUGCUGUUUUCUAGCAUCUCGUGACUGA